CUGAGGGGCCGCUCCCGGCGCUGGCAGCGGGGCCGAGCUGCGCCGCCGCCCCGCAGUGAGCAGACGCGGCGGGGUGCGAUGAGCGGCCGGCGCUGAGCCCAGCGGAGAUGGACGCGGAGGCCACCAUCCCCAUCUGGCAGAACAAGCCCCAUGGCUCAGCUCGCAGUGUGGUCAGGAUGAUCGGCUCCAACCUGCCCCUGAAGCCCUGUCCCAGGGCCACCUUCGAGGUUCUGCCAAGUGUCUCAGAUCUGUAUUUGGGUGAUGUGCCCCCCGUGCCCACCUUGGCCGACAUCGUGUGGAUCGCUGCGGACGAUGAGGAGACCUACGCCAGGGUCAGAAGUGACACUCGCCCGCUGAAGCACAAGUGGAAACCCAGUCCCUUCACAGUGAUCCAGAGAAAUGCCUCAGUGCCCAACCUGAGGAAGCAGGAGGAGAAGCUGCUGGCCCUGAAAAAGCCUGGUUUGCCAGCCCUGAGCAGGACCACAGAGCUCCAGGAUGAGCUGAGUCACCUCCGGAGCCAGAUCGCAAAGAUCGUGGCUGCAGAGUCAGCCUCUGCCCAGCUGACACCAGACCUGUUAUCUCCAGGGAGCUCAAAUGCCUCUUCUCCUGUACAUUGUUUUGGACCCUCUUUCCAGUCCACCACGUCCUUUGUGAUCAGCGACAUCACGGAGGAGGAGGCAGAGCUGGAGAGCCCCGAGCUGCCCUCGGUGGCCGAGCUGCCCUCGGUGGCCGAGCUCUGCUCCGCCUCCGAGAGCUGCAGGCCAGAGCCCAAGGACCCCGAUGAGGAGGACUCCGUGUCCCUCUCCAAGGCCAGCAGCUUUGCUGACAUGAUGGGAAUUCUCAAAGACAUUCAUAGGAUGAAGCAGAGCAAAGAUUUGAACCGCCCUUCCAUGAAGGAGGAGGACCCGGCCGUGCUCAUCGCCGAGGUCCUGAGGAGGAAAUUUGCCCUGAAGGAUGAAGACCUGGCCCUGAAGGAGAAGUGAUGCUGCUGUCACUCAGCUCUGUAAGCAAAAGCAUUUAUGCUCCCAAAAUCUCCUCCACAGUAGCUGCCUUCUCCUAAGGAUCGAGCCUUUUGCCUCUUUUAUUCAUCAGACGUGGUUUGUGCACCGGACACUCGGCUGGGAGAGACCCUUUGGAUUUGAUGUGUUUUUCCACGUGUUGUUCUAUUUAAGAAAAACCUUUUUAAGAAGAUGGAAGCUUUUAUUUUUUUCCUUUUUCCCCAGCUGUGUUUUGCUGUUGGUGACUGGUGAGGAUCUCCUGGAGAUGAAGCUCUUUCUACCUUGCACUUUUCCUUAGGUUCCAGUUAAGCAUUAAGCUGUGAGGAUAGAAGCAGUUCCCAUGUCCAGUGUGAGCAGGACAAACCCUCCAGUCCUUCACCCUGAGUGUGGCACAGAGCUGCUGAGAACGAGUUCAUGAGUGUUUCCAGCUCUCCAGGGGGCUUUUGGGGGCUGUUGGAUCAUGAUGGGAAAAGGUGUUUCUUUCCCCAAAACCCCCCUGGCUCGUGUCUGAGGGAUUUUGUGUGCCCUGGGUGUUUCUUCUCUCACAGAUCAGCCCACAGUUGCAUGACAGAACGGCCUUAAUUUCUUGCCAGUAAUUCAAUGUUCCAUUAUCAGUCCCUGUAUCCCCAGUUUGUGUUUCAUUUCGCCUUCCAAAGGUCUUAUUUAUUGACCUUGCACCAGUGCAAAGGGCCCAGCACCCCAAGCAGAGCAGGGAAGGAGGAGUUUGGCCUUGGCUGUGGCUGCAGUUCCCCCUCACUCAGAGUUCUCCCCCAGCUCCACGUUCCCUCAUGGCUGUAUUUAAAGUAUGUUUUUUUUCCCCUUUCUAUAAAAUGGAGCCUUAAUAAGA